CGGCGCCGCCUCACCGGGGUUCCUGGGCGCUCGGGGCUGAGGCGCCGGCGGGACUGGGGCGCCUUUGGGACGGCGGAGCCCCUCUCCCGGGAGCCGGGACCACCCUGGUGGCGGAGGGGCCACACCUGGCGGCAGUGGAGCGUGAAGGCCGGCACAGGCCGCAGCAGUUCUCUCCGGUGCGUUCAGAACGUGUUCCCCGGCCGAGGGUGAGGGUCCGCUGCCGGCUGCAGCCGCUGCUCGGCGCCACGUAGGCCCCUUGCUCAGGCAGGAGAAGGCAGGUUGAAAGGAAAAUCUGAAUAAAACAAAUACGCAUUGAGCAUUACAUCUGCUUUUCCAGGCUUCUGUAACACAGGAGAGACACGAUCCUCAGGAAUUUUGCUUUGGCACAGGUAAAGGCCAUGCUAAAACCAAAGAGAUGUACUAAAUGUGCCACAAAAUGUGGGUUGAAUGUGCCAGCACACAAUCUGCAGCUCCUGCCACACACACCGGCUCUCCUCUCUGAUGGGAAUGGAAAGCACAUGACCAAAUUCACUAAAUUACAGAGAAAAUCGGGGUCUGAUGCUUUUUCAAAUGAAAACAUAGUAUAAGAUUUAUCUCUCACCUAAAGGAAGGCUGGCUGAGUGUUUAGUUUAUCUCUGUAUUCUGCAGGAUCUGUUGUUUUCAACAUCAUUAUUUUCUGAUCAGUACAGAAAACCCCUGGACCGGCUAGAAAGUGCAAAGCUAUUGGCUUGGAUGGGGCCGGGAUUCAGCUCGUCUAUUCUAACCAAAGUAUAUAAAUAUCCAGCACGGAAGACAGAGCUAUCCGGGAAGCCUGCCAGGAGGCAGGUGGCAAGCAAAACCUGUUGGUGGGACUUGACACCUGCCCAGGCUCUCCCAACUUGCCUGGCACUCCCUGCCCAUUCCAUCACCUGUCUGCUGAACCCAAGGCACCUGCGGCUACCAGGACGGGGUGUCCAGGAACGGCCAGGACACAAUAAGACUUGUUUUACACAAGAGAAAGUACAUACAUGGUGAAAGACUGUAUACGGGAGCUUGAGUCUUCCAUGAGCUUGAUUGUGUCAUGUCCUCUUGGUCCUGAGCUUUGUGUCUGAGCUGGCAGAACACCCAAGUCAUUCUGGAAAUUAAGAAUACUAGGAAUGAAUAAUGAACUAUGCACAAUUUAUAUAAAGAACAAAGUGCCCGCGCUUUCGUUUGUCCAAGAGUUGACAAACAUUCAGAGACCCUCAUUACUGACUUUGAGGAUGCACUAAAUUCUUGAAUUGGUGACGUAAAGAAUGUACUAAUUAUCUUUAAAAAGACACCUGGUCCUAAUGAUAUGAAGAAAUUGUGUGGAAUAGGGACAGUAAGUUAAGUGUAAAUAUAUUUACUCAAAGAAUGUAGGUAUAGUAAUUAGGUCAUGUAACUAUAUAGUUUAUGAAAGGAGUCUGUUUCUCUUUCUUUAACUUUCUCUAACAAGGGGCCUGUUUAUAAGUUAUCUAGAGGGAGCGACUGAAAGAAACAAGAAUAAGAAACAGAUGGUCGACAAGGACAUAAAUUAGCUCAGACCGAUAAGAACACUGCAAACUUACAAGACCACCACAUUCCAGGCAAAGGGUGAAAAGUACACCAUGAGGAACACCUACGGCCUUCCUCCCAAAGACCACUGCCCAUGUCCCAGAGACCCCUGCCCACAAUUCUUGGAAGAAUUUGCACAAGCAAAGGACUGAUAAGCUAAUUAACAUACGAAGUGAGAGUAGGCAGGUUUAGGUAGUGAAUAUGUAUAGGCGUUAAUUGAGUAUUCAUUGUUUUAUUGUAUGAAUGUGAGAUAAUUCGUCACUUCAGGUGUGCAUGACUUUGGUGGAGCAAUCCCCCCAUGCACCCAGCGCUGCCGAAUAAAGAUAACCUCCACUCUUGAAAAUUGGUGACUGAUUCUUUAAAUCAGGAAUUACAAAGGAUGCUAUUUCAGCUCUGCAUUCCCCACUUGCCUUAAUGGCCUGAGCAGAUGCAGGCUUUCCCAGCUGCUGCUCUCUGUAUUUUAUUUUUCUUCUGAAGGAAAAGAAUAAUUACACUUAAAAAACUAUAGCCUUCCCCAGGAAGGCAGUUCAUAUGACAGGCCAAAUUAACCUCUGGGCCAAUGCUGGGGAAAGGACGUGGAAUUACAGAGAGGGACAGACCUUACCUAAUAGACCCGCAAGCUGGCAGCAGACUCCACAAGAGGAGAAAUAUUUAAUUAUGAGGAACAUAUUGGCGCCAGUCUUGUCCUGCUCAUGUAAGACGAGCACAGCAAUGCUGUGCACCAGCCCACUCUACUUGUACCAAAAAGCUCUCGAGAGUGUCUGCCUCAUCACAGCCUGUCCUCACCAUAUUGAUGGGUUGUGCUAGCCACCUUGCGGGGGAAAUGGCACUCUUCCAGCAAGCGUGGAUAUGUUUCAGAACUACGAUACGAGCGACGGUGCUUAAAGAAGAAUUUAAAGGCUUUAUGCUGCUUCUUGGUUCAGAUGUUGCAGAAACAGACUUGCUACCGUUUGGAGGCUGGGAAGAGAGGAAUGACUAUAGCUAACCUGGCCCAGGGUCCCUUGAAUCGGACUCCAGCAGCAGCGUAAGAACAGUUCCUUUCCUGGCUGCUGCUUCCCCUCCUGGCUGCUCAACUGGAGACCAACCUUAGACCUUCAGAAAGAGGACCUCUUGCUUGAUAACAGAGAGCCAAACUCCAAACCAUGCUCCCUGCCCCAGGAGCGCACGUGCGGGUUUGCUAAAGGAUGCUCCUGCCAGUCCCACGAGCAUGCUGUCCAUGGCUGAGUGUUACCCCUCUUCCCACAGAUGCUAGCGGAUGCCAUGCAAAGCCUCACAGGGCUCACAGCGUCCAGAUAUCCAGUGUGAAUUGUGUAAUGCACAAGCUAGCCGGUGGGAUCCCAGAGAGACACUACUACUCCGAGUAAGGUCUCCUGUGUGCAUCUUCCACAGCACAUAGGUAUCUCACACUACACACAAGAAGAUGCUCUUGUCCCAAGCCUUGUUUUUCCAGCCAGGUUCCUCACCUGUAAGGAGAUGGCUCAUCACUGCAAGACUUACCAGCCUUUCACUGGAACUCAAGAUUCUUCUGUCAGUAAACCGCAGUUUUCAUCCAUGAAAUGUCAGCUCAGACAGGAAAGAGAGUCUUUGGGAAAUGAUCCACACUGACCAUGCAAAUUGGAGUGAAACACACAUCAAGAGAUUUGCAUUUAAGCAAAUCCCAAACAAGGUAUCAUGGAGACAUCACUAAAUUGCAGAAAACGUAUUUCCAUCAGGCUCAGCUGGAACUUUACCAGUGGAGUAUGAGCACAGACCUCACUCUGUGCUGGGAAGCUCAUGACGGAUGGCCCUUCUCCAAAGUCCUGCAGAAUCUGAGAGCUGGGACUUGUCAGCAGUGACAACAAUGGAAACAGGUGAGUUCCAGCACCUUGACUUUUCUCACCAUAAAGAUGCAUCAUCUUGGAAAUACUAGGGAAAGAACAUACUGUGCUAUCCUUGAGCUCAUAUUUUAAGAAAAAAAAGUCAGAAGAAUCAUCUAAAAUCAACAUGUGGCAUCUUUAAUGUCCCAAGAAUUUAGUAGUAUCUAUUAGCAUGUUCCACCUUCUCUAGACUGAAUUUAUAUUCCUUCACAAUGCAAUUUUCCCAAAAGGCAGUUAGACUAAAGUGAUGUGAAAUAUGAUUUCAUUUGCUUGAAAAUUAUAUAAACUUAGGCCUAAAUUAGCAUUCCCUUCUCUGAUGCUGCCAAUAGCGAAGUUAUGUGGAGUUGCAACAGCUCAGCAUCAGAUCCUGCUGAAUAACUCGCUGAAAGCAACAGGUUUGGUUACGUGAGGCUGGACGGCUAAGUUAAAGCCAGGGUUAGAGGACAGAGCUGUUACAUCACAUACUUUUAAGAAUUUGAGCAGAGGGCUAACUGUGGGUAUAUGAGUGAAGUCACUUCAAUAGCACAGCACCCGCGUGUAAAAGUGAGAAGGUGUGGAAGUGUUUUUCUUUACGUCUUUAGACCAUAGUAAAGAGGUCAGGAAAACAGGACGGCAGAAGUGCAGAGCAUCAGACACUUGCUAGAAAUGGUCACGGAGAAGCAAGGUCAGUUAAUACAAGAGAGGUUGUAAGACUUGGCAAUAUCAAACUACAGAAUAAAAGAAUAAAAGCUGCUCACAGCUUUUCCAGCGACACUAUUGUAGAAAUAUCCCCAUUCUGAAAAUUAAACAUGACUGCCUCCUUGGCAUCAGUCCUUCUCCAGAAAUUCUGUUCUGAAUCAAAGCCUGGAUGCAGCUAGCAAAGGCUGCACAAGUUAUCACAGGUAUCAAACCAUACUGGAGCUCAAUGAACUAUGCUGUACGGUUCAGUUUUCUAUCAAACAGCAACGCUGUUACCUCUAAAGGAAUUCUCAUGCAAAGAUGUGAAGUUUUCAACGCAGAAAUGUAGCUGUUUCUGACACUUACACCGGCUCUACCGCAGCUUUUGAGCUCCAGCUACAUGUGCACGCUGGGUGCCCAUGCUUCCAACUGCUCUCAGUAAAACAGUCCUGAGAAGGCACUACGGGAGGGAGAUUUCUUCCUUGAGCCAUGGAAAUGAGAGCCUCACUGUACAGAUUCUUCUCAGGUGCAAGAACUGAUAUCCAUUUCUGUCUCUGUCCUGGCUCGUCCACAGAUACUCGCUAGUUGGUAUUCAGAGUCAGCAUUCACCUCUAUUUUGAUCAUAAGAUUUUUGGGGUACUGCCUCUUGCAAUGCUUGCCUUGUGCCCAGUCUUGGCUGAAGUCUCUCCGAUUGCUACUCAAACACCAAAACCAAGUUGCAGUUGCCCAAAAUUGCAAUUGCUGUGGCCCAACAGAAAACGUUUGGGGUAACCCUAAGCCAGCACCGAGAUUCUGUGUUGUUCAGAUCCUCUCCUCUUCCCUUUCUAAUCUCUGCACAUGUAUGUGCACCUGGGGACACAAUGCCACAUGCAUGAAAGCGAUAAAUGGAGCCAAAUGACACAUCCUGAAAAGCAAAAGGGCAAAAUGAUAAAUCACAAUUUCAGAGAUCAAACACAUCAGCUGUAGAAUGGCCGUUUGUGUUCUCUCAGGAGAGCACGGCUGAGUGUUUUCCAAGGGAUUAGCUUCAAAGUUACCUUUUUCUCUGGCAGGUUGCAAUGAAAGCCCGCAUGGAUGCUCCUCCCUGGUGCCACAGGUGCAAGCUCUCUGUUCUGGCAGGAUAAAAGAGCUGUCCCUGGUAUUGUACCUCAUGCCUCUGUGCCCUCACUUGUGCCAAAACGCCUGUACACAAGGCAGAUCUCGCAAAGCUUUAUCUGGGCAGAUGAAGAGGACAGAUGCCUCACACCAAAAGUCACACAGACCCAACGGACAGGUUGUGCUUUAUUCCAGGCAGGUCAAGAUAAAGAGAGCCAGGCUUGCCAUCAGCCUCUUGGGUGACUGUACCCCUUUUUGUGCUUUCCUCAACCUUGAUAAAGCAGAGUCCCCAAGUACCUGUCUGUAUUUGCUGUUGAUACAAAGCAGACUGAGCAGUCAGCUCCUUUUCCUUUCCAGAUCUGCACUGUGAUUCACAUCACCAUUCAGAGGAGCUGCACCAGCUGUCCAGGGUAUUUCCACCUUUGCUACGCUGCGAUCAAAGCUCACAGAGCUACGUGCUGAAAGCCAGCAACUCCAGCAGGGCAAGGAGGGGCUAAACCACAGCAGCUCUGCUGAAAGCAAUAGGGGCUGUAUGGUUAAACCAAAUGUUGCUGGCCCAAAAGGGAAAUGUAGGAUCCCCCAAAACCAUCUGGCAGCAAGGGAGCUGCAGGGAAACCACUUGGCACCCAGUACUGAAAUACAGGGUAGGGCACCUCGGUCUUUGCUUUCUGCAAAUGAGCAGCCCUUGCUGUUGGGCUCCCAAGGGAUGAUUUUGUAUUAACAACAGCAGUCUUAUAUGCUUCCUUCCUAACUUGGUGGACAGAGACGAUCGAUUCGCUUCUUCCACAACAACCUCUUCCAGCUGCUCUAUGCAUUCACUGAACUCCUCUAAUGCUGGUUUCAUUCCCUCAGUCCCUACAGAUUUUGGCAAACGGGUGUACCAAGGAGUGCGAGUGAAACACACAGUCAAAGAUCUUCUUGCUGAAAAACGAUCCAGGCAGAGCAGUGGCUCCCGCUUCAGUGGCAGCACCAGCACACCGCAGUCACCGUUUGUCCAAAUGCCAGGCUUACCUACCAUGGCUGGCUACUGUGGCGUCAGGAGAUCCUUCACAACUGAGUUGGAUUUCCACAACACAAAGCAGUUUGUCAGCGAUGUCUGCUUGUCCCCUCUAGGGUCCAAGCCUUUCUCGUGCGAUUCCUCUGCCACUCAGGGCUACCCGGCACUUCUGGACCCGUAUCUCACCGACCAAUACGGGGAUUACCGUGCUACUCCCCUCACAGCUGGUACCAGCUCCUUCUUCAGCCCUUCUGUGCCCCCUCUCCUGCCAUCCUUCCCUAAUGACACAGCGCACUUCCUACUAAGGGAGCCCUGGGAGCAGACCUCACCCGACAGCUUCAACUUCAACCAGCCGGAUGGGGUGUGCUCAGACCCUCUGCAAGCACUGCCUGCUAGCGCCAGCUGCCUCUCCUCACACGAGUCCGGAGGCGUUUCUCCAUACCGAAGCUCAGGUUGGACCCCAGCCAUCCCCGGAGCCCAGCCCUACCCUCUGCAUCCCCUUGAAGAUGUCCACUACACCCCCAGCUACGCUGCCACCUCACCCUACUCCUUCCCACCCUUCAUUUCUGUGGCAAACGAGCUUACCUCCAGGAUGAGCCACCUCACGGCAGAGCAGUCCUCGGAGACACCACCCCUUCAUGAUAACUCUGCCUGGGCAAAAGAGGAUGGAAGUCCCAUCUGGGGGACUUACGAAGGCCGGAGAACUUACUGAUAAGAGGUAAUAGCCGGAGGAAAAGAAAAAUGGACCAUUACUGCAGCAAAUUAAUUACUUGCACGCUUUUUCCUACAGCUGGUCCUUCAAACAGAGGAUGCUAACAACAUGCAAUGCUUUAUGCUCUGGUUAGA